AUGGAGGGUACUUUGAGUACUCGAAAACGGCUUCGUAGCGACUCACUUCCCUCAGACGCUUCCUCGCCUAAAAGACACACUUCUGGUUCUCCUCAUCCUCAUCCUCUCGACGCCAACGACGAAAUCGACGCCUACAUGGCAGACCAACCAGAUGACGCAGAGUCACUUCCGGCUUCCUCGCCCCAGUCCUCGGACAAAGUCGACUCAAUCGACCGACUCAGGCAUAAAACUAUGGAGGUUGGACAGACAUGGUAUCUUGUUGAUAGAACAUGGUUUAGGCGUUGGCAGAAAGCCUGCAAAGGAGAAGUGGACAAGGAGGGCCCGGUUUCUGAACAGGAUCUUGGUCCAGUGGCUGUCGAACCACUCCUUGAUCAGUACGGUAAUCUGAAGCCGGGAUUAACUGAGGGUGUAGAUGUGGAAUACGUACCAGAAGAAGCCUGGAAUCACUUCAUUACAUGGUAUGGCAAGCCGGUCAAGUCCAUUGCUAGAAAAGCUAUUUCCAGAGGACAACGCCAACAAGUGCAACUCGAACUUCAUCCACCGCGUUUCAGAGUCCUACGGCUGACCGAUGGCCCUGCACAGAAGACCGACUCGACAUGUCAUCCAUAUGUCACACUUUCUUCUCGCGAUACAUUGCAGACUCUUUGCCAUACAUUAGCCAAAUCAGUCUCUUCUAACUCUGAAAAUAUGUCCCCAUACCGAGUUUGGGUACCCGACAACAACGGGACUGACUUCGACUUCAACUACAAAGAAUAUCCUCACACGAAAAUCGACCCCAGUCUACACAGCAUUGUCAAACCCUCCGAUAUGGCUAUUGACGACACCCCUUAUCAAUCGGACGACCCUUUUGUUGUCGAGUUUGCGGGAGACAACGGAUGGAUUGUUGAUGUCAACAACAAUAACGAACCAGCUGCACAUACACCCAUAUUCAACUCCAGCGAAGGCUUCUUCAACAAGAUGACUCCGAAACCUAUGGCGCGUCCUAGCAAUGCGCUUACGACUUUCGGUAGUCAAUCAACCAUCAGUUCAUCCAGUACGUCAGGGAAGACUCUCAACGGGAAUAACGGGAAAGCUAUCGAACCAGGUACUCUGGGUCUUGGAAACAUGGGUAACACAUGUUUUAUGAACUCGGCGUUGCAAUGCCUCGCACACACCAAAGAACUGACCGAAUACUUCCAAAGCGGAGUUUAUCGUGAUGAACUCAACCCGGAUAACCCGCUCGGAAUGCAUGGAGCUAUUGCUGAAGCUUUCGGCGCAUUGUUAGAACGAAUCUGGGCAUCUACAGGUGUUUCUACUUCGUACUCUCCACGCGAGUUCAAAAGCCAAUUACAACGAUUCGCGCCACAAUUCAGCGGGUAUCAGCAACACGAUUCGCAGGAACUCGUUGCCUUCCUCCUCGAUGGACUACACGAAGACCUCAAUAGGGUGUUGAAGAAGCCUUAUGUGGAGAAGCCAGACUGGGAAGGAGGUGGCGACAAAGAGUUGUUGAAGCUUGCAAAGGAAAGUUGGGAUGGGUACAAGCUUCGUAACGACAGUGUCAUCGUCGACUUGUUCCAAGGUCAAUAUCAGAGCACGUUAGUAUGCCCUGAAUGUCAAAAGGUGUCGAUUACCUUUGAUCCUUUCAUGUAUCUCACUCUUCCGUUGCCCAUACAAAAGAAGUGGAGACACACGAUUUUCUACGUUCCUUGGAACCUCUCCAAACCCCAUGUGAAGGUUCCAAUUGAAAUAAACCGAGACUCAACUUUCAAGGACGUCCGUGCGCUGUUAGCCCGUUGGAUGUCCUCUUCCCCAUCAGAUACCGAGCCGAGCCCAGAACCAAUCAAUCCCGACAACCUGUUAACGCUAGAGAUAUUUGGCAACCGCUUCUACAAGAACCUAGACGACACUGUCCUUGUGAGCGAUAUGUCUGCCAACGACGUGAUUGUUUGUUUCGAGCUUCCCUGCCACGCGCAGCAGGCUCGCUCGUACAAAGACCGCGACAAGGAAAAGAAGAAAUGCGAUUCCUUCGUCCUUCCCUUGUUCCUUUGCGAUGCGAUGUCGGAGCGACCUGCGCGAAUGGGCGGAGGGUAUGGAAGUUUUAAUUAUCGGUCAGGAAGUGCAAGUUUGUUUGGAUACCCUAGUAUCGUGGUGGUAUCCCAAGAGCAAGCGAAGUCGAAAGAAGGAACCUAUGAAGCUGUCGUGGAUCGGCUACAGAGAUGGACGAGAAAUGCCAGGGAUCUAUGGACUUGGGAGGAGAAAGAUGACUCAGAACGGUCGGCUCUUUCUUCGGAAGAGGACAUUGUCAAGAUUGAUUUGAGGAGUGGAGACGUUGGAAGUAACACUUCCGUGAUAGAGGUUAGGGAAAACGGGGAUGUCGUGGAGAUGCAGCCGGAGGAUGGAGACGAGGGAGAUAUUGUUGAUGAGAAAUUCACCCUCAUCGACGGUGCUCUAGAGGAAGAUCGUUUCAGUAAUCCACGAGAUCCCGUCCGAGUCGGUGUCAAGAAGAAUAUCUUCACUCUCAAGUUCCACAAGAAUUAUCCGGGGUAUGGUACCAAUCAAGGUUACGGCCCGGCGUCCAGCAAGUACGAAUCAUGCGAGAGACGCCAGCAGGCUAUGGACGAAGGCGAGCAGGAUAAUUUUAUUUUGCCGGACGACGCACUAUUCUGUGAAUGGGAUGAGAACAUGAAGGCAUAUUAUUUUGGCGAAGAAAAAGUUUUCGAACACGCGCGUUGGGAUGAGUGGGAGGACUUCAUUCACCCUGAAUAUCUGGAAGCGCAAAGAAGAACAGGGGAGAAGAAGACAAAGGGUAUUUCUCUGCAGGAUUGCUUGGACGAGUUCACGAAGGAGGAGAAGCUGGGCGAGGAUGACUUGUGGUAUUGUCCGAGAUGCAAGAAACAUCAACAGGCGACUAAGAGGUUCGAUUUAUGGAACGUGCCAGAUGUGCUUGUAGUACAUCUGAAGAGAUUUAGUAACAGUCGGAUGUUGAGGGACAAAAUUGAUGCAUUUGUCGAUUUCCCGAUCGAUGGAUUGGAUUUAACAGAUAUGGUAGGGGAGUGGCCUGUCGUGAGGCGGUUGAAAGAGAGUGGAUUGUCCGCUGAGGAACUAGGGGAAGUCUUGGACGUAGUGGAUGCUGGGCUUGAUGAACCUCUGAUUUACGAUUUGUUUGCAGUAGACGAACAUAUUGGAGGCUUGGGAGGAGGGCAUUACAGGGCUUAUGCACUGAAUCAUACAAACAACCAGUGGUACCAUUUCGACGAUUCAUAUGUCACUGCUGCAAAAUCCACUGAGGCAGUGAAUGCGAAUGCUUAUCUGUUGUUUUACCGACGGCGAACUUCCAAACCACUAGGAGGCAGAAGUCACGAACUAACUGAGGAGGCAAGGUUGAAACCCAAUUCCGACAGAACUUUGGCCGGUGAUACUCCUUCAUUACCUACACCUUCUCUGGAGCCCGUCUAUGCUGCAUUACCCGACUAUUUCAGUGGCCCAAGCGUCUCGGACUUGUGGACCUCCGGCACCGACACUCGGGCGCCUUUACCCUCGCCUUCCCUCGAUAUCGACCCGCCUCCUUUCGAGGACUCGCACAAUGACAGUCUCAUCGAUGGAAACGAUAUCACUCUAGGCGAACAAGAUAUGAUGCAGCGAUACCGAUUUAUGCAACGGCCUCCAGCUGCAGACGAAGCCGCCUCGCCGGUCUCUUCAACAGGCGCUGAGCCUGAUGUAGAUAGCGAUGUUGGAGACUCACAGAAUUUCAGUUCCCCAGCAGCGUGGUCUGAUUCUGUUAAUAACAAUAGCGUUAUUGGAUCCCCGUCCACCUCUUCGCCUUCUGGUAGUCCUAAAUCCGACCUGAAAGACGUACCGAUGGGGGACGUAGACGUUGGUCUGGGAGGGAAACAACAUGACGGACUUGGCUUAAGGCUGUAG